AAAGGCUUGCAUCGCCAUUUUAGGAGCCGAUGGUAAUAUCGUUAUUACGACAUAUUCAGAUACCCAUUCUCGUCAUUUCGCCUCUCCUACGCCCUUCUUUCUCUCUCCACCUUCACUGCCUCUCACACUCUUGCGCGCGCGCACAUUCUCUCUCUCCUCUGAAGCAUUCAAAGAGUGAGGACUGUGUGGUUCUCUUCUCUGCAUUUCGCUCUCUCUCUCUCUCUCUAUCUGGAAAUGGGUAGUCGGAUCCAAUCCCACCAGCUGAGCAAUGGGUUGUACGUUUCGGGUCGACCCGAGCAGCCCAAGGAGCGACCACCGACAAUGGCGGCGCGUGCUGCGCCUUACACCGGCGGCGACAUCAAGAAGUCCGGCGAGCUCGGAAGAAUGUUCGACAUUUCCAUCGUCGAUAUCACCUCGUCCCAGGUGCCAUAUCCGCUCAUCGUCGGCGGUAGCAGUGGAGCCACCGGGACGCCACCGUCGAGAGUAUCUUCCGCCGCUUCGUCGAAUCCGAAUAGCGGAUCCGUUCGAUGCGGACCUAACUCGGGUUCGGUUAGGAAAUCUUCGGGACCUCUCUCCCAGCUUCAACCGACUGGUUUGAUAACCUCCGGUCCUCUCGGUUCGUCCGGACCAAUCGGAGCCGGGUCUAGGCGGUCGGGUCAGAUGGACCACCGAGGGGGUAACACCGGGUCUGGUAAACCCAAGUACGGGACGGCAGUGACGAGUCUGGGUCCGGACCAAGUUCGGGUCCGGUUUAAGGUGCCGAAGGCGGUUGUUUGGGCGGUGAUGGUAGCGGUGGCGGUGGUGUUGGUGGUUGAUGGAUUUAUAAUGGUGGUGGCGAAGAAGCCGGUGGUGGCGGCGGCAGUUGCGGCGGCGGUUUUGCCGGCGGUCGUGGUUUUGGCGUGGAGCUGCAUUUGGGGAAGAAGGGGAUUGCUGGGUUUCAUUCGGAGGUACCCAGAUGCUGAGCUUAGAGGCGCCAUUGAUGGGCAGUUCGUCAAGGUUACAGGGGUAGUAACAUGUGGAAGCAUACAUUUGGAAUCGUCCUACCAAAGGAUACCGAGAUGCGUUUACGUAUCUACAGAAUUGUACGAGUACAAAGGGUUUGGUGGAAAAUCCGCUAACCCGAAACAUCGAUGCUUCUCCUGGGGAUCUCGAUAUUCGGAGAGAUACGUGACAGAUUUCUACGUAUCGGACUUUCAAUCUGGAUUAAGGGCAGUUGUGAAAGCAGGCUAUGGAUCAACGGUUUCUCCAUUUGUGAAACCAGCAACUGUGGUCGAUGUCACAGCUCGGAACAGAGAUUUAUCUCCGAGCUUCCUCCAGUGGCUGUCGGACCGUGGCAUCUCCAGCGAUGGCCGUGUUAUGCGCCUCAAAGAAGGGUAUGUAAAAGAAGGGAGUACUGUGAGCGUUAUGGGAAUGGUGAGGCGACACGACAACGUUUUGAUGAUCGUUCCUCCCCCAGAGGAAAUCUCGUCGGGCUGCCAGUGGUGGCACUGCCUUCUCCCAGCCGCCUAUCCCAAAGGCCUCAUUAUAACAUGCGACGAUAAUCAAAACUCCGAUGUCAUUCCCGUCUGAGCAAAAAACAUUUACUGUUUCUUCGUAAUCAUUUGCAGCUCUCUGUACAUAUAUGCUCAAAGAAAUGUAAAUAAUUAUCAUGGAUUACCUCUUUCUUAUACUGAUA